ACAGGUUCCAGAAGGCGCCGGGCCAUUCACAAAGCGCAGCGCUUCUCGCGCAUGCGCAGUCAGCAGUCUCUGGUCAUUCCCUGCACUGUCUGCAGUCUCUGCUCAUUCCCUGCACUGUCUGCAGUCUCUGCUCAUCCCCUGCACUGUCUGCAGUCUCUGGUCAUCUCCUGUACUGUCUGCAGUCUCUGGUCAUUCCCUGCACUGUCUGCAGUCUCUGGUCAUUCCCCUGCACUGUCUGCAGUCUCUGGUCAUCCCCUGCACUGUCUGCAGUCUCUGGUCAUUCCCUGC